UCACACACACACUCUCUAUCUCAUUCUGUUAAAGAACUCUCUCUCUCACACACACACACACACAGUCACACUCGCACAUGCACCACAGAGGAUAACAGUUACACAGAACAUUUCCCCUUAGCUAAUUUGAGGAAAAGGACACACUGCUUCUGAAGGAUUUUACUCGCAGUUUUUUCUUAAGAAAAUAGUCUAGUAGAGCAGUGCGGAGGAAUACAACCGAAGACACAAUACAGUUUCAUUUUGUUCCUGGACAUKGUCAACUUGACAACAGCAUGACACCCUCCUGUUUGGAUUCCCUCCUCAGGCCAAAAUCCUGAAAAUGAUGGAUGACGACAAGCAGCUGGCCCAGAGGAUCGAAGGGGCAGUCCAGUCGGCCAGCCAGGAGGUGACCAACCUGCGCUCUGAGCUGACGGCCACCAGCCGCAGGCUGGCUGAGCUGGGGGCCGCCGACCGGGAGCGUGACCCCCCAAUAGAGAACCACCACCAACAACACAUCCGCCACCACCACCACCAUGAUCCCUCUGUACACCAGAAGCAGAAGCAGCCAGCGACCGAUCUCUGCUACAAGAGUGACAUCAAGAGCCUAAUGGACUUCAGCACCCCAGACUCCUCUCUGGACAAAGUUUUGUUGCGGGAGGAGGUGGCCCAACUCCAGGAGGAGGUGCACCUGCUGAGGCAGAUGAAGGACAUGUUGAGUAAGGACCUGGAGGAGGGCCACGGAGGCUGCUCCGCCGACGUGCUCUCAGCCACCGAGCUCCGCGUGCAGCUGGCCCAGAAGGAGCAGGAGCUAGACCGCGCCAAGGAGGCACUGCAGGCGAUGAAGGCGGACCGGAAGCGUUUGAAGGCGGAGAAAGCAGAUCUGGUCAACCAGAUGCAGCAGCUCUACGCCACGUUGGAGAGCCGAGAGGAGCAGCUCCGUGACUUCAUCCGCAACUACGAACAGCACAGAAAAGAGAGUGAGGAUGCGGUGAAGGUGCUGGCUAAGGAGAAGGACCUGUUGGAAAGGGAGAAGUGGGACCUACGGCGGCAGACUAAGGAAUCUACAGAGCACUCCGGCGCCCUACGCUCCCAACUGGACCUGAAGGAGAACAGGAUCAAGGAGCUGGAGGCCGAGCUGGCCAUGGCGAAACAGUCCUUAGCGACCCUGACUAAGGAUGUGCCCAAGCGCCAGUCUCUAGCCAUGCCCACAGAGGCGGUUGUCAACGGCAACAACCAAGAGUGGGUGAUGCAUGCGGACCUGCCCCUCACCGCAGCCAUCCGGCAGAGUCAACAGACACUCUACCACGUCCACACAGGCCACCCCACAGACAGACAAGUGGCUGCAGUCAGGGUGAGCCCGUGUCACUCCCGCCAGCCCUCCAUAAUCUCAGAUGCCUCGGCCUUGGAGGGCGACCGCUCAUCCACCCCCAGUGACAUCAACUCCCCCCGCCACCGGACACACUCCCUCUGUAAUUCACUAGAGGAUCUGGAGGACCAGAAGCGUAAGAAGAAGAAAGAGAAGAUGGGCCUGGGUUCUCUGUCACGUGUCUUCGCCCGGGGCAAGCAGCGCAAGUCAAUGGACCCGGGUCUGUUUGACGGUACUUCAACUCCUGAUUAUUACAUAGAGGAAGAUGCAGACUGGUGAAAAGGUGGCAGAGAGUCCCACCUGUGUCCCUGAGUGGUGAUGCAUAAGAGGGUUUUCUGUCAGUGUGUGCGCGUGUGUUUGGCCAUACAUGUGGGUGUGUGUUUAGCCGUGUGUGUGUGCCUGUCCAUGGUUGGAGACCAUGUGAGAAGCCUGAGGCGCAUCUUGCGUCGCUGAAGUUUAAAAUAUUACAAGCAAAUUGCAUCUGUAUGUACAGUACUGUAAAUAGAGUGAACAGUGUAACCACAGCCGGGAUCCUUACUACGUGUGGAUGUUUACUGUAUCUGCAGAGCAAAAAGUGGUUGUGUUUGAUUCUUUUAAUUGUCUUUAUAUUUUUAACUUUUGUUUUCGAUAACUGGAAACUUGAAGGACUGCUGUAUGUGUAAAUAACAGUCAUUGUGCACUUUGUGCUUGUAAAUGUAUUUUUUGCCCUGAAUGCCUUUUUUUUUGUCAUGUUUUUUGACCUCCUCCCUGCUUUUUGUUUAACUUAUACUCCCUAUUCAUUGUCCUGCUUGGUCCAUUCCCUCCAUUUUGAGGAAAGUUUAUUCUAACGUUAAGACUCCUCAACUAACCUCUAGUCAACCUGUGAUCUGAUGUCUAAAACUCCCUAAAUACCCACAUCUUCAUUAUCCUCCCAAUCACCAAGAAAGUUCAAAUACAUUUCUUGACUGUUGUUCAAAUCAACAUUUUAAACGGGCAAUCUGCGAUUGCUACAUAAAUAUUUAGACUUUUAAAUUAAUUAUAUAUAUAAACAAACAAUGUAAUUUUAAGUUUACUGUAUAGCCUCAAAACAAGGUUAAAACUAAAAUGUUGAUAUUAUGGAUGGUCAGUCCUUGUAUUCAUUGCUCUGUCCAUGAUUUUGAGAGAGGUUACAUUUAUCCAGCCCCAUCCCUCAGCUUUUUACCAAAACAGCAGUGGGGUGAUAGCUUUGUUAUUGUUUAAACUGCAGAUUGCUCCUUUAAGAUGUCAGAAUACUAAUCGACUCCAACCUGUAGUCCAAAACAUUUGGAUUUCUAAUAUGGGCUCAGGCCCMAAAAAAAUCACAAGGCCAUCCCCCACAUGAAACAAAAGCUGAAAACGGAGGAAAUCGACUAACAAUUCUAUCGUCCCCGAUCCAAGCAUGUCAAAUGUGCAUGCGUAGAGCUACCUGUUUCCUAAAUGCAUGGCAACUGUGGCGAAGGUACAUAACAAUGGCGAAGGUGCAUAAAUAUGGAGGAAUUCAGAUAUGAUGUCAUUGUUUUAGCACUACCCACAGAGUUCUUGCGGAGCGCAACAUGGUUCAAUAUGACAGUAAAUCAGCACAAUCUAAGCUACUUUUUCAGUUUUUUUUCAUUACUGCCAUCUACUGUGCUAAUACCAUAACAACAAACAGUAACGGAGAGCAAUGUACUGUAGGGCGAACUUAGCAAACGAGGAAUUUGUUGUAAGUACAUGGGAGCCGUUAUCUUUGCACCUUCGCCAUUGAUAAUGAACAAGGCAGACAUUUUAGUAGUCUCGCCAAUACCUGCUGCUAACAUGCGUCCUUUGUCCUGAUCUUGUCUCGAUCUUGUCCUGAUCUUGCACGUUUACACUUAUAAGAUUUGAUCAAAAUCCGUUCACAAUGCGUCUUUUAAUUGUCUACACCUGUCWAAAAAUGUGGGCACAAUGAGAAUGAGGACAAGAUCAGGACAAAUGACGCAUAUUAUAAACGUGGCUAGAGAGUCAAAUGAGUUAUGGAGUUAGCAAGUUCUAAAAUAUUAGUUUUACAACUUUCAUUCAUAGCUUAAAUAGUCAUUGAUAGCUCAUCCCCCUGUAAUGUAUUUGUCAAACUAGUUUAAAAAAAUAUAUAUUUAAAAAAGUAUUGGAAAUGUGACAUCCUCAAAUUCAUAUUCUGGGGGAUUCCUAAAAGUUUAACAUUUCGACAGCUUCCAGAGAGCAAGUCGUGUCGCACUGCUUUGCUUUAUCUUGGCCAGGUCGCAGUUGUAAAUGAGAACUUGUUCUCAACUAGCUUACCUGGUUAAAUAAAGGUUAAAUAAAUCAAAUCAAAUCAAAAUUYGACUCUAGAAUGUUAAUCCUAUUUUAAUUACGAGGAUUAUCACAGUGUUAAGAGGGAAAUCAGAAAUAAUUCAGUCCGAUUUUUCUCUAAAUGGCCAUUGUCUUCCAAACUUUCUGCAGAAUAAAUGAAUGCCAUUCUCAAAUAUAUAUGGUAUAUACUCUAAUUUGAAAUUGAUUGAAAAAUCAUGUUUGAAAUUGUAUACAGUAGACAAUGCUGAUUCAUACUGAAAAGUGCACUACCUUGCAACCUAUUUGGAAAUGAGGGUCAGUCUGACAGACAUUACAGAUUCAGGUUUGAUUGACAGGUGUGGGGGGGGGUGGAGGGCACAAGAGGUUGGAAGGGUUGAGAGAGGGAAGUAUUUCUGAUGAGUGGUUGCCCUGCGUGUUAAUACCAAAUUGAGCCAGGCUAAUCAAAUUGAAACAAAUGCACACCUUAUACCCCCCCUAGUAACCCCUGUGCUGGACUAAAAAACAGUAGUCAGAUUUGGAGGUUCAAGCCAUUGCUGAAAAGGCAAUUAAACAGGUGCCAAAGGUUAAUAGUGUUUUACCCUGUGGAACAAAACACAUUAGAUUAAAUUAGUAUCUUUUCCCUUUUUCCCUGAGCAGAAGCUUUAUAGGAAACCCCCAUUUAAGACUGCUGGCUAACGGGUCAUCCUACCUGCUAGAAAAUGGAAACACUCAUUAAAAUGAAAGGGCAGCUUUAGCAAUUGGAGGUCCCUCAAUAAGCAUUUAGAGGAUUAUUAUAUAUGGGACCCUGUACAAAUUCUAUCUCAUUCAUAGGCAUCUCACUCAGAUGCUUAUGUCAACAACCACAGGUUGCAUACCAUGUGCCAUGUGGAUGGUAAUCCACAUAAGCUACCAUCCCAUGUGCCAUGUGGAUGGUAGCUGACAUAAGCAGUUAUAACUGUUUUGUUGGAGAGUGUAUUGAUUCACGGUGUAAUUAAGGGUCCAUUUAUUGAAGUUAUUAUUCAGGGUCCUUAGAUCAAAAGGAGUAUCUGGAAAACCGGAGUAAUAUUAGGAAAAAAAGGAAUAGCUUUACGGAAUUUCUAUCGGAAUAUUAAAGUAUCCUUUACUGCUGGGACACCAUAUCAGAUGACCAUUAUAUCAUUUUAUGUUGCAACAAAAUUCCCUCUCAUUUCACGGUCGAAUAUUUUCAUUUUUUUGUAAAUUAUGAAACACUAUUGAAAUUACUAUUAAAGAGUUUUAUUUCAAGUAAAAUAAUUGGUCUCAACUGAGGCUCAAGCCAUGAGGACUAGAAGAUGUUUAGCACUGGAGGGCAAAGUGAAGAACCUUUUAAUGGCAUGGCAACAAAAUAUGCGAAAGAUCUAAAUGAGAAUAAUUAUUUUAAAAUAAAAUAAAUAACACUGAAUUUCCA